CACCUCGGUGACUCGGCAAAGACAUUUUGCCGUGCUGUUCCCUACUUCACGUCGAUGAAAGCUGCAGCUUCCGUCGGCCUUUACUGUUUUUUACUGGAGGGAUGAGCCACAGGGGCUGCGCUGGGCUGUGGUGGUAAGCGCUGACGCCUGCUGCUAACAUUCACUCCGCACUAAGGUUGAACAUGGUGCGCAAUGUGGAUGACCUGGACUUCUGCCUGUCCUCCCAUCCUCAAAGCAUCCUGGAAGGCUUGCGCUCGCUUUGCUCUCACCCCAAACUUGUAGAUGUGACUCUGAGUGCGGGCGGGAGGGAUUUCCCUUGUCAUCGGGGAGUCCUGGCUCUCUGCAGCAUGUAUUUCCGCUCCAUGUUCUCAGGGGACUUUGUGGAGAGCAUAGCUGCACGCGUGGAGCUUCAUGAUGUCAACCCUGAUAUUCUGGGUUGUUUGCUUGAGUUUGCCUACACGGGGAAGCUGACUAUCAACCAGAGCAAUGUGGAGGGCUUGAUCCGCACCUCCAGCCAGCUGCAGUUCCAGACGGUUCGAACCGUGUGCAGCCGCUACCUGCAGCACCAAAUCGACGCGACCAACUGCCUGGGGAUCUUGGAGUUCGGGGAGAUCCACGGCUGUCCGGAGGUGGUGGCCAAAGCGUGGGCUUUCCUACUGGGGAAUUUUGAAGCUGUUCAACAGGAUGAGGAGUUUCUGUUAAUGGAGAAAGACAGGCUGGUGUCCUGCUUGUCUGAUGAAGGGCUUCAGGUCCGGUCAGAGUGCACUCGUGUGGAAGCCGUCCUCAAAUGGGUUGGGCACCGGAAGGAGUCUCGACUCUGCUACCUACCCGAACUCCUCACUUUUUCGCGCGUCUCUUUGCUUGGUCCAAACUAUCUGGCUGACAACCUGCUAAAGCACAGUCUGAUUCAAGCCUGCACCAGCUGCAGGGACUUUGUAGAGAGGAUUCACAGACAGAAAAUGGAUUUAGCCCCAGAGUGUUCUGACCAGGACAACCCUCAGAGUCCUCAACCAAACCUGCAGGAGGUGCUGUUUGUGAUGGGUGGCCGCUCACUGGAUGAGUCAGAUAAUGAGGAGGAGUCAGAUGAAGAUGAAGACAGAGACCCAAGGCUUCAGAGACUAAUGUCCGCCAACUGUGCCUUCUACAAUACAAAGACAAAAAAGUGGCACGAGCUGCCUAACUUUCCCAAUCCUGAUAAAUGGGGUUACUCUUUGGUGUCUUUGAACAACGAUGUGUACGUUACAGGAGGCUCCCGGGGUUCAAACACUAACACAUGGUCCACCACAGAGACCUGGAAGUACGUCACGAAGGAGGGGAGGUGGGUCACUGUGGCGCCCAUGCUGCGGCCUCGGACAAACCACACGUCAGCCACGCUCAACGGAGAGAUUUAUGUCAUUGGAGGAACAACAUCGGAGCGAGUUGAGGUUGAGCAUUAUGAUCCUUACAACAACACUUGGACCUUAACGUGUCCGGCCUUGAAAUAUGUAACUAACUUUACGGCGACAGCCUGCCACGGGAAGCUGUACGUCAUCGGAUCGUGUGCCGUGAAGUUCAACGCACUGACCAUGCAGUGCUACAACCCCGUCAUUGAUAGCUGGAUCAGUGUUUGGUCCUCCUUUAUCCCUAAAUACCUGUCUUCUCCCCGCGCGACCUGCAUGGAUGGAACUAUAUAUCUGGUGGCUGACAACACAAAGAAAGUCUACUCAUAUGAUCCAGAGGCCAACAUAUGGCAGAAGGUCCAGCAGGUUCACACGCUGCACGAGAACGGCGGCCUGGUAACCUUGAGCGGAAAGCUGUUUGUCACUGGGGGCCACUGGAAAGGAAUGGAAGGGGACUAUGGUGUAGAAGUGGAAGUCUACAACCGAGCAUCCAACACUUGGGAUGUGGAGUGCUUUCUGCCCAGGCUUUGGUUCUACAGUGGCGUCUGCACCAUCUUCCUGGAUCCGUCUCAGUGGAGGGAGCUCUUUCCUGUGGGCGUGUGAAUCCCUUUCGGUGAAAUGGUCGUGUUGUGUAAACGUUUGCGUUAGGGCUGUGAUUGUAAAUAAAGUGAAAUAAAAGUGUAAGUUUCUCCCCCGAG